GAGCGCGAGGUCCAGGAGGUCCCCGGCGGAGCCCCACGGCAACUCCAGCGCUGCUGAAGGUUAUGAUGAUGUCAGAAAUUGCUAAAGACAGAAUGGCACGUUCAGUAAGGAAAAGGGGGAGUGUGUCUUCUCUAAAUGGUCGUGAAUUCCGGCAGAAGGAACUUCACGGGAACACCAAAAACUCCAGGAAUACCGUGUCUUUCACGGAUGAACCGAGCCAACGGGAUAAUGCCUCUCGCCUUACAGUUCAGAUGGAAAACACCUAUCAGCUGGGUCCUACCAAACAUUUUCCUGCGGUCAUUGUCAAUCAUAUCCUGAAAGAUGUGUUAACUAACUAUCUACAAGAAGAACAAUAUGAACCAGAGCUCUGUAGACAGAUGACUAAAACAAUUUCUGAGGUUAUUAAAACCCAGGUCAAGGACCUGAUGAUUCCACGGUACAAGCUAAUUGUGAUUGUUCACAUUGGACAACUGAAGAGUCAGAGCAUUCUUAUUGGAAGCAGAUGCCUCUGGGAUCCUAAAAGUGAUACCUUUUCAUCUUACGUUUUCAGAAAUUCUUCUCUCUUUGCUCUUGCAAGUGUCUAUGCUGUUUACUUCGAGUGAUUGAAAAGAAGAAAUCUAGUUCUUACUUUUUUUAAUAAAAAAAUAGGCCAUAUCCAUAUCUAUGUACAUGAAAU